AUGGCUAGCAUUUUAUUCCUCCUUUUACUACUAUACACCUGUAUCCUAAGCCCUGCCACAGCCCUGAGCAAGACCAAACAUGUAUCCAACGAGCUAUUCAACUCCCUGGAAGAGUUAUCCCGGAUAGUGGACAUUUCAUACUGCGUCGGCACAACAGGAGUACACCAACCAUUCCAGUGCCUCAGCCGCUGCAUCGAGUUCCCAGAUCUAGAACUAGUAACCACCUGGAACACCGGCCUCCUCCUAUCAGACUCAUGCGGCUACAUAGCCCUCUCCCACGCCCCCUCCACCAAACAAAUAAUCCUCGCCUUCCGCGGCACCUACUCAAUAACGAAUACCAUAAUCGACCUCUCCGCCUACCCCCAAGCCUACAUCCCCUACCCAGACCCGGAAGGAAAUAGCAGCACCACCCCAAAUCCAACAAGCCCACACUGCGAAAACUGCACCGUCCACGCGGGCUUCAUGCGCUCAUGGCUCGAAACCCGACCCAAAAUCCUCCCACAGAUCUCCACCCUACGCCAAAAAUACCCAGACUACGCCAUAACCCUCGUAGGCCACUCCCUCGGCGGCGCAGUCGCCGCCCUAGCCGGCCUCGAGAUGCGUCUGAAGGGCUGGGACGUAACGGCCACGACGUUCGGGGAGCCUAUGAUUGGGAACGGGGCGUUGGCGGCAUUCAUCGAUGAGCAAUUCGGGCUCGGGGAUGGGAUAUCGAUUCCCCCGCUUGAUCCCCUUGAUGGUGGUAUGCGGUUUCGUCGUGUGACGCAUGUCGGGGAUCCGGUUCCUAUGCUCCCGCUUGCUGAGUGGGGAUAUCGGCCUCAUGCUGGGGAGGUUUUUAUUAUGAGGGAGGGGUUGCCGCCGCGUAGGGAGGAUGUGGUUCAUUGUCUUGGUGCGGAGGAUCCGGGGUGUAUUGCGGGGGGAGGGGGUGGAGGGGGUUUUGGUUGA